CACACUUGGGCGGCACAGACCUAUACAGAGGCGUGAGAGCUUUGCACUAGGCAAGGGAGACUCAGCCAGAGGAGAGACACUUUCCGCUGGAGACGUCAUGGCAGGUGUGAGCCGGCUGCGCCUGCUCCUCGCUGGGGCUCUCGUGCUCCUGCUGCUGCUGCUGCUUCAGGCUAGACCCUGCUGUGCAAGCACAGCCAGCCACGGUGAGGACACUGCGAGCCAAGGUGAUACAGUUGACCAUAACGAUACCGGGGCACAUGGCGAGACAGAAGGCCAUGAGUCCACUGACAAUGGAGGUGAGCAUGGUGCGGCGAACAUCACCACUCUGCCCAUCGUCACCUGGAAGUGGCACCAUGUGUCGAUUCCGUACAUUGUGGCUCUGUGGAUUCUAGUAUGCUGGCUCUGCAAGUUAGUGUUUGAGCUGGACCAUCGUGUGACCAGCGUGUUCCCCGAGAGUGGACUGCUCAUUUUCAUCGGCUUCGUCCUGGGCGGGAUUGUGUGGGGCGCAAACAACGUCCAGACCUUCACACUGACGCCCACCGUCUUCUUCUUCUACCUGCUGCCCCAGAUCAUCCUGGACACCGGCUACUUCAUGCCCAACAAGCUCUUCUUCAGCAACCUAGGCGCCAUCCUCAUCUAUGCCGUCAUCGGAACAUGCUGGAACGCGGCUGCCGUGGGGAUCUCUAUGUGGGGCUGCUACCUAGGGGGCGCCAUGGGUGAUCUCAACAUCGGCCUGCUGCAGUUCCUGCUCUAUGGGAGCCUGCUCUCCGCUGUGGAUCCUGUGGCUGUGAUUGCCGUGUUUGAGGAGGUGCACGUCAAUGAGGUCCUCUUCAUCCUGGUCUUCGGAGAGUCACUCCUCAAUGACGGGGUCACAGUGGUGCUUUACAACGUUUGUGAUGCUUUCGUGUCCCUGGGAGCGGCUAACAUUGAUGCUGUGCAAAUCAUCAGAGGCAUAAUCUCGUUCUUCGUGGUGGCUUUCGGAGGGGCCCUGGUGGGUGUGGUGUUUGCCAUCCUGCUCUCUCUACUCACCAGGUACACCAAGAACAUCCAGAUCAUUGAGGCCGGCUUCAUCUUUGUGCUGGGCUACCUGUCCUACCUGACCGCAGAGAUGCUCUCCCUCUCAGCCAUCCUGUCGAUAACAUUCUGUGGGGUGUGCUGCCAGAAGUACAUCAAUGCCAACAUGGACGAGAGGUCCGUGAUCACAGUGCGCUACGUGAUGAAGGUGUUUGCCAACGGCUCCGAGACCAUGAUCUUCGUCUUCCUUGGCAUCACGGCCAUCGAUAAAGCCAUCUGGGUGUGGAACACUGGCUUCAUCCUGCUCACCAUCUUCUUCAUCCUCGUGUACAGGGUCAUGGGUGUCUUCUUCUUGACGUGGAUCUUGAAUAAGUACCGCCUGGUGCCCAUCAGUCUCAUUGACCAGGUAGUGAUGUCGUACGGUGGCCUGCGAGGAGCGGUGGCCUACGGCCUGGCUGUGAUGCUCAAUGAGAAGAAGAUCCCCGAGAAGAACCUCAUGAUCAGCACCACGCUCAUAGUCAUCUACUUCACUGUGAUCUUACAGGGCAUCACCAUGAAGCCUUUGGUGCAGUGGCUGAAGGUGAAGAGAGCGGAACACUCUGAUCUCAAGCUGGUGGAGAAAGUCAACAACAGAGCUUUUGAACACCUACUGUGCGCUGUAGAAGACAUCUGUGGACAGAUCGGAGACAACUGGUGGACCAGAGGGUGGAAUCGUUUCGAGGAGAAGUACAUCAGCUGGUUAUUAAUGAAACCCAAAUCCAGGAAGACUAGAGACUACCUGUUUGGCAUUUUUCACAAGCUCAACCUGGAGGACGCCAUGAACUACGUCUCAGAGGGUGAGCGCAGGGGCUCUCUGGCGUUCUUGCGGGGCAACGAUGACGCCCAGGUGGACUUCAAGAAGAAAUUUGGCAAAGACAUUGAGGACGUUAUGCCAGACAUCAUGGUGGACACGGAGCAUGUUCCUAUGUCUUCCAUCUUGCAGGACACCAUACCCUCUGUGUCUCUGGACCUUCACGAGCAGGACAGUCAGGGCAAAAUGGAGGGAGACGCCCAUAACUUGCUUCAGCAGCACCUGUACAGGAGCAGGAAACAGCACCAUCACAAGUACAGCAGGAGCAACUUCAGCAUUAACCAGAACGAAGACGAGGUCCAGGAGAUCUUCCAGAGGACAAUGAGGAGUCGAUUGGAGUCCUUUAAGUCGGCUAAGAUGGGCGUCGCACCGGGCAAGAUAAUCACCAAGCACCCACAGAAGGAGCGACAGCAAAAGAUGGCCAAUGGAAACCCCACAAACAGAAGCAAAAGCCAUCCCUAUGGCGAUGAAGAUUUCGAGUUCUCGGUCUCAGAAGGGGACAGUGCAUCAGGAGGCGAGGGGGCCACAGCGGGCGGAUACUCCUUCAGGUUACCACCCUACACUGUGGGAGCUGGGAUUGAGAACCCCGCCUUCAUGCCUGAGAUGGACACACCCCAUCCGAUGCGCCCCCCGCCGUGGCGGAGUGAGCCCGAGAUGGACGUGACGGUGGCGCCUUCCCAGCGUGCUCAGCGGCGGCUGCCCUGGACGCCCAGCCAAAUCCACCGGCUCGUGCCCCUGCGGGUCAGCACGCGCUCCGAGGACUCCUUCGUCAUGGCCGACGUCCUCAGCCCAGAGGAGGAACCCAAAGAUCCUCCGCCCGGCCAGGAUGGGAGCCGCAUGUAACAGGCUCCGCCCAAGAGCAGAGGUGGACACCCCGGCCACAGAAGUCCUGCCAUUGUAUUCCUUCUGCCUGCCCUAUGCACUUAACACAAGUGAUAUCUCCAAUUAGCUGAUCGUCCUGGCCGAAGAAUUGUGGUAAUUAGGACAGAGACUUUCUAAUAUACAUAUCCUGCCACUUCCUUUAUGCCUUCCUAUUCACUUUAAUAGGAAAAUAGGUGCCCGAUAACUGCCCAAAGUGCGCUGCAAGAUGGUCGCAGAGUGGGGGGAUCUGCCUAAAAUGACUUUGAUUAGGAUCAGGUUGACCGAAUGGUUUAAACAAAUAUGUGGUAGGACUUUCCUGAAGCUGGGAUGUCCAGCUGUGCCCCAGAGUGGCCUCUCAGUAGCAAUCGCCAAAGGACCUCAGUAGAGAUGAGAUCGACCUCAGGGAGGCUUCCAUGUCCUACAAUUAGGACAUAAUUGUAUUAGGAAAUACAACAAUCCUUUGCUCUUAGUUUCCUCCUCUUAUUUCCUCAAUUAUAACCCUCAUCUCCUCCCUUUCAGGAUAGCACCUUGUGCUAUAUGGAAAAGAUGUGAAAACAAUGACGUAUAGCUAAUGACCUAAAUAGGACAGGAAACAGGAGAGAUACUAGAUUUAUGUGUUCAGGCCUUUUAAAGCACAUAGGUCUAUUCAGGGUUCCCGCGGGGUCUUAAAAAGUCUUAAAAAUAAGUCUGAAAAUUCAGAACUUUAAAUGUAAGUCCUUAAAACGUCUUAAAAACGGCCAGAUUUUCAUUCCGAGGUCUUAGAAUUCAUUUAGUCAGGUCUAAAAAAUGUUUUACCAUCGUUCAUUUCCAGAAAAGCUGGCCGCAGAAAGUUAUUACAAAGUAGCAAAAAAGUAUUGAGUCGUAGCUUGCAAAGCAGAGCUCUAGCGUCUUUGCUACCAUUGUAACAAAACCAGCAGAAUGCUCAGAACAUUGGUUCAGUGUGUUGUAGUUCUUUCUGGGGGGUAUUGGUGUUGGUACGUAGCCUACGCAGUGAUACAUCUACAAAUCCCGUGAUAAAUGCAAUACCUGCCCGCAAAAUACGUCUGCGUCUCCUCAGAAUUUGUUAAAGUUCGGCUACGUGUGGAAAAUGGGAAAGUGUAAGCCUACUUUCAACGAGACAUGGCUAGAUCCAGUGAUUCCGCGUUACUCUAUUUUGACCACUUUUUUCGGUAACGAGUCUAACGCGCUACUAUUUCCAGCAAUCAGAUUAAAGUUACUUAUCCAAGU